GAUGGUACUGUUACUGGAUUGUCAAGUUUAGCAAAGAUUGCCAGGUUUGAAGCAACGAUGGAGUUGCUACUCCGCCUUUUGAAUUCAGUAGGUAUCAUCUUAUGUUUAAUCAUUUCAGAGUGUGGUCGGAAAGCGGCCGAUCAAUCUAUAGCACGAAUCACGUACGCUUUUUGGACACACUUUAAUCCCGAGGAAGGAGAGAGAUCCCCACGCUCAUCACAUCACUUCAUCCUUAUCACUCGCAUCUAUAAGCAUUAUGUUAUCGAUUUAACCCAAACUAGGACUUCGUAUCAGUCAUAAGUGCGAAGAUACGGUUAGAAUAGUACAGCGCAUCACUCGUGUCUCGAUCCGGGUCGAACACGAUGAGUGGGGGGAUCCUCGCUUUGACUCGAUGGUUCAACUUGCACCACUCCAUCACUGAAUCGAACAUGCUUUCGAGGAGUGUCGCGCAGGGUUCCCUCAUAACCUAGAAUGCUUGCUAAUGACCUCACCCGAAGAGAACGGCGCGGCCCCAUGGGAAGUUCGUCUUGAACGGGAAGAAUGGGCCAUAAAGCCAGGUAACGUCGUGAUCCUUCAGCCUAAAGGACUGAUAAGUGGCUGGCUUGUUCAGAG